AUGGUGGACAAGCGAAGAGCUGAAGACAAUGAUCGACUUGUCCACCAGGCAGUUGCUAAGACUUCAGGGCCGUCUCGUGCAACUGUGGCUAGGCCUUCGAGCCAAGCUAGCUCUUCCUCCGCCUCCAAGAAGACUCCUCCUUUUAAAGAGGGGCCAAGGAAAGACUUGGCCCUCUUCUUUCGCAUUGAAAGGGGACCAACAACACCCCUUUCAGGCCCCCUUCCCUUGGGGGAAGGGAGGAAUGUCAAGAAUAUACAGAAGCUUAGUCAAAAGGAAUUGGAGCUUGGAGUCAGUCUGAAACAUUCUUGGCAUCAGCAGUACCGUGACAGUGCUUGGGUGUUUAUUGGAGGCUUGAACUAUGAUCUUACGGAAGGGGACAUUAUCUGUGUCUUUUCACAGUAUGGAGAGAUUGUUAAUGUCAACCUUGUGCGGGAUAAAAAGACAGGGAAAAGCAAGGGCUUUGCUUUCUUGUGUUAUGAGGAUCAGAGGUCCACAAUCCUGGCAGUUGAUAACUUGAAUAGUAUCAAACUGGUGGGCCGCAUCAUAAGGGUUGAUCAUGUGGAGGAAUACAAAGUUCCUAAAAUGUCUGAGAAUAUGUCAAUGGAACAACAGCAGUUAAUUUUAGAAGGAUGUGCUCCACAAACUGCACCAGUAAAUGCAGUUGAAGCUUCACCAUCCUCAUUUGAAAGAACUAUCAACACAGAAAAGGUAAAAAGUCACAAGGUCAAGAAAGAAAAAUCAAAGAAGAGACAAAAGAGGCAAGAAUCAUUCUCUUCAGAUAACAGUUCACUCUCAUCAUCAUCAUCAUCAAAUGAGGAUUCAGAUAGUGAUUCGUAUAAGAAGCAAAAGAAAAAACAUAAGAGCAGAAGGGAUUCUUCUUCUGGGGACAGUGAUAGCAUUCAUAGAGCUGAAAGAAAGAAAAAGAGGAAACACAAGGCAAAAUUCUUUACUCAUGACAAUAAUGCUAUUAAAAUAAAAGAAGAGAAAAAGGAUCUAGGUUAUGAAAAAUAUGAAUCAACUUCUUAUGGCCAUGCAAAUCAAAAUUUUACUGAUAGGAAAAGAUAUCAUGAUAAAGGGGAGCAUGGUGUGAACAGAAGUAAUUUUGAAAGAGAUUUUUCAAAUUACAGUUAUAAACGCAACAGUGAAAGAUCUAAAGGACAGACGUAUGGGAAUAGUAGGAAGCCAAAGGAGUUCCAAAGUAGAGAUGAAUAUCACAAAGAUAGAAAAAGUAGAUAUUAUGAUGACCACAAACGAGACAAGGAACAAAGUAAGAGCAGAGAACAAUACAGAAAUCAUUAUUGAACUUGCUUUAAGUUAUUUUGUGACACAUAUUUUAUAAAAUAUGAGUUUUCUUAGAAAAGUCAUUGUGAUAAAAGUAUUACAAGCAGUACUGUACUGCAUUUAUUUGAUGUUUAAUUCCCAUAGGGAGAUGACUUGUCUCAAAUUAGACUCAUGUAUUUGCAAAUACAGUAAAGUAAUUUUAAUAUAUCAGUACUUUUUACUGCAAACGUGUGUUUU